CUCCCUGCCCGCCCGGAUCCAGCCGGGCGCCCCGUGCCGCGGUCGCGUUGCUCGGCAGAGCUGCUGCGGGCGCUCGCCGUCUCUGCGCGGGCUUGGAAUAUGGUUGGGGAAAUGGAAACCAAGGAGAAGCCGAAGCCGAGCCCCGAUUACCUGAUGCAGCUGAUGAACGACAAGAAGCUGAUGAGCAGCCUCCCCAACUUCUGCGGGAUCUUCAACCACCUCGAGAGGCUGCUGGACGAAGAAAUUAGCAGAGUACGGAAAGACAUGUAUAACGACACAUUAAAUGGUAGUACGGAGAAGAGAAGUGCAGAAUUACCAGAUGCUGUGGGACCUAUUGUACAGUUACAAGAGAAACUAUAUGUGCCUGUAAAAGAAUAUCCAGAUUUUAACUUUGUUGGAAGAAUCCUUGGGCCCAGAGGACUAACAGCUAAACAGCUUGAGGCAGAAACAGGAUGCAAGAUAAUGGUCCGAGGGAAGGGCUCAAUGAGGGACAAAAAGAAGGUCUCCUUUAAGAGCAGAGACAGCCAUGAUGCAGCAAUUUUGGAGGUAGAGGAAGAACAGAAUCGAGGCAAGCCCAACUGGGAACACCUGAAUGAAGAUUUACAUGUACUUAUCACUGUGGAGGAUGCUCAAAACAGAGCAGAAAUAAAGCUGAAGAGAGCUGUUGAAGAAGUAAAAAAGUUACUGAUACCUGCAGCAGAAGGAGAAGACAGCCUUAAAAAGAUGCAGCUGAUGGAGCUUGCGAUUCUGAAUGGCACCUACAGAGAUGCCAACAUCAAAUCACCAGCCCUUGCCUUUUCUCUUGCAGCAACAGCCCAGGCUCCAAGGAUUAUUACUGGGCCUGCGCCUGUUCUCCCACCAGCUGCCCUGCGUACUCCUACGCCAGCUGGCCCUACCAUAAUGCCUUUGAUCAGACAAAUACAAACCGCUGUCAUGCCAAACGGAACUCCUCAUCCCACCGCUGCAAUAGUCCCACCCGGACCCGAGGCCGGUUUAAUUUACACACCAUACGAGUACCCCUACACGCUGGCACCAGCUACAUCAAUCCUUGAGUACCCUAUUGAGCCUAGUGGUGUAUUAGGUGCGGUGGCUACUAAAGUUCGAAGGCACGAUAUGCGUGUCCAUCCUUACCAAAGGAUUGUGACCGCAGACCGAGCCGCCACCGGCAACUAACCUAUGACCUUCUGACCUCUGAACUCUUCACCCAAUGAUGACCUGACCAUGCCUGCCUGCUGAUCAGUUAACUGGUAAACGCCUUUGCUUGCCUGUCUUCAGUGCAGCGAGCUGGGGCACUUGUCCGUUCGUCUUACCAUCUAACAAAACAGACAAAGAAAUUGUUGUCCUCCAACUCCGCUUUUUGUUGUUCUCCUGUUUGGGUGAAAGUGGUUCUAGAACCUGCACUGAAUAGUAGUAAAGCAAUAAGGUCCAACUCAUCCCUCCGCACUGAUCAUCCUCUAUUGUCCCGCCCCAAGCGAACGGUAAGGAGGCCUCGCACGAGAUGGAGACAGAUGUCCCUUAACUACCCGAUGACAGAGGCAGUUACUGUGAGAGACUUCUAGGAAUAUUUUUCUUCUCAGAAAAAAAAAAAAAAAAGAAAAAAAAAAGUCAAAGCUCUCUCUGAAUGUACUGUGUGAUGAUGCAUCAUGCAUGAACCUUUGGUCAGGGAUGUCAUUGGGGAAGGGAUUCCAAAAAGUAUUCAAAAUUUGAUAUGCUGUUUAGUCACUACCAGUGCCCUCAAAGGGCAGAUGUUGCAGCCUUUUUUCUAUUGCCUGCCAAAUUGGACGUUUUAAAGGAAAGUGUGCCAUGAAAUGCAGAUUAUGAUGACUUUUCAGAACUACAUUAAUGCAGAGAACAAAACAGCAACACUAUUAAAGCGAAAUACAAGUUUAAAUUGUUUUAACCAUAUUUUAAUCUCCUUGGAAGAUUACAUGAGAACAAGGUACAUGCAUUAUGUGUCACAUUACUGGGCAAACUGUUCAAAUAUUUUUUUUAAACCUCCCUGUAUAGAAAAAAUUUCAUUAAGGAUGUAAAAGCCAUGCUUGCCUAUUUGCUGUAUACAUGUAAUGAAAUGUAGAUAAAGUGUAGUGCAUUGAAACAAAAUGAACAAAAAAGUAGAUACUUUUACUAUACAAGGGUGCUGGUGCAGAAAAAAAAUAUAUUUUUGGAAAUGUAGCAUUUUAUACUUUCAAGUGUUAUAAAAAAAGAAAAAAAGAACAAAGAAACCCUUUAUUUCAUUAAAUGAUUUUUUCUGGUGGUUGUCAAGAAACAAAAGACCAAAAGAGCCUUUUAGUCUUUCUUUUUUAUUUUUUAAGUAUUGGAAUAAGUCUAAAGAAAAGGAAGUGCCUUAUUUUCUUCAUGGUCAUUUAGUCAAAUGUCUUGUAUAAUCAGCUUCUCCCUCAGACAAGUUACUGCAUGCCACUCAGUCGCCCAGUAUGUGAAAGAAGCUGUGAGGGAAGACAAAUGAUGAGUUGACCAUAUUAAUUACCUGAUUUUUGCCAUACAAGUGUGAUGUGACUUUGCCAAAAUCUCAUUAAGUAUUUGCUAAGUUUUCAUCAAACCAGCCCAUUAUUAUUUCAGCCACUCUACUUUUUAAAUCAUAGCAAAUGCCGUACUUGUGCAACGUAAACCAAAGGGUUCUGUGAUACAGAUUGUCUCAUGCUAAAGGAGAUUAUUAGCUGACAAAUGUUUGUAGAGCUGGAAGUUACGUCAUUUUUGUUCAGGGAUGGAGAGGAGUUUUCUUGAUUCUGGUUGAAAUAAAUAUUACAUCAACUGUAGUAGGCUUCGGCAUCACCCAGAAAAUGGAUGUUCUGCAGAUAACGAAACUGAAAGUGCUUAGUGAGUUUUCAGUCAGUGACUGAGCACAUCCCAGUUUCCACAAACAGCUCCUGCAGUGGCAAUCAGCAUGGAAAUUACUUACUUUUCAGCUCGUCUUUGACUAUUGUUAGAUCUGGCCCAUUGGCUUUUGUUGAAAAGAUAAGCAGGAGAGGGACUUCAGCCAUUUGAAGUCCAGCUAUACCUUACUUUUAACCCUUGUUUCGACAUGAGGUUUGAAUAGCUGGGCAAUUGCAAGAGCUGAAGCUGUUGAACGCACAGUAUUUAAUUCUCAAAAACAUUUAAGUGUUACAUUGUGGGGCUCAGUACUAAACUUGGCAAAUAUCAGGUGAUAAUUUUACUCCCCUCUUGUCAACUUAUUCUCCUCCUGCAAAUCUUCACAGCUUCCAAAUGAAAGGUCAAUAGUAAGCUAAGAGGGCUUACAUUUUUAAGCACCUGCAUGGUGACCUCAUCUAACAUCUUGUCUCACCUGGAAAUAAUUAUCAGUUUAUUUACUAUGCAAUAGACAUUCAUCCUUUCGUAUUCAGCUAGAUUUUUGUUUAUUUGCCACCAGCUUUGUCUUCCUGUUACACAUGAAGUUGUGUUGAUUUUAUUUACAAUAUAUGCUGUGCCAUUUUGAUUUUAUUUUGGUUGGUUGGUUGAAUAAACUUGCGACACUCGAACAUUUGAAGAGAGAUUUGCUAAAACAAUACCAGUAUUUGAUCCAGUUUCAUCUCAACUAUGAUAAAACCUGGACAUUUUAAACAUUUAUCAAAGGUCUUUUACUGGGGGGGAGGGGAAGUGUAUGGAAUAGAUGUGUGACAUGUGAAAGUAAUGUUUGCUCUGAACAAACUUCUGAAAACUUAGUUGACAAAAUUUUGGAUCAGCUUAAAAAAAAGCAUGACUUUUGAAAUCUCUGAAUGCCUUGGUUCUCAGUAUUAUCAUUCUUUAAUGACUUUUUCUUUAUUAAAAUAAGUAGUUUUAAGACUUCUUUCUGACAGUAUUAUGUAAUUUUUUUAGAGUGGGUAGAUGGGAGUGUCGCUUGUAUGUAACCGUACAGAUGACAUGUAUUUGUCUAUUCUUUAUUAUCUUAGUAGUUUCAUGCUAUGUAUGUACCAUAACCAACCUAUUGCCUAUGAGAAACAUGUAAGAUAAUGUAUUUACAGCCAUUGUUACAAGUUUAUAAUGUAUUUUUCUAUCUUGUUUUAUAUGUAUGUUAUAUAACAUUCAAAAGAAUUUUUUUCCUGAUUGAGAAAAAAGGAUACAAAAUGCAAAACCCACAAUUUUGAUAACUGAAAAAUUGCCAAUUGUUUUGCAGUACUUUAUUAUAUUGGGAGUGUUGUCUUUCUUGGGCUUUUAGUUAGCUACUGGAUGAAUACAUUAGACAUAUUUGGGUUUUAGUUGGGUUUUUACAUAGCUUGCAUUUUAAUUCUUUGGUUCUUUGCUGUUUCUAUUAACCCAUAGCAUUAUUUUAAUAAAUGUUAUAAUACCAACCUACUAACUCUGGAUUAUGUCUGUUUAUUAACCAUUACAUGUUUAAUUAAAAUAAACAAAUAAAGACGGAAGAAUGUAAAGUUGAGUUACUGGACUAACCCUGAAGAACGUGACCACAGAUAACACAAUGUGACUUGUUUUUAUGUUGUUUGUCAGCUGACAUUCUGCACACUACUGUUAAGUUGGCUUUGGUCAUUCUGGCCUUUACCUUGGGGAAUAGGUGCCAGUAGAAAUGGGAACAAAGUAGCAUUUUUGAGGCAUUCUUCUUGUAGAGUCUUGCCACUUGCCUUUCAGCAUCUGCAUUACUAAUUCCACACUUUUCUUUUUCUUUCUCUAAAAUAAUUCUUGUUGGCUCACAGCAAAAGAGCAAAAGAUGCCAGUGUAUUGGUAAAUCGUGACGGUGUACAGAAACCAGUUUGAUUCUUUGUUGAACCAUUCAGAGGUUGCAGUUAAUCGCACAGUAAUUUGUGAUUUGUUGGUUUUGGCACCUGAUUCACUGUUGCAUCAUGUGACGUUUCUAAGCACAGAAUAUUUCUGGAUAGAAUUGCUGUACAUUGAUACACAAAACCUGGGGCUUUCCUUUGGCAAAAGUGCCUUAUUUAUACCACACUGUUUCAAAUAACUUUAUUUUUGGUACUUCUGCUGUAGCCUAUCAGUAUUGCCUAGCUCAGGGAAGUACGACUUCUGUAAGCCAAAGGUCAAACUGAAUCUUUUCCUAGUGACUGCAGAAAGUACAAAAAUACACCUUUCACUAAAUUGCCAAGCAACAUCCAUUUCAAAUUCCAGAGCUGCCUUUAUGUGAUCUUUAUCCCUGUGGAUGACUGGAGCAACAUGAAUGCAGGGAAUUGAAAUGGUGGAAAUGCUGUUUUGAAUGUACAUCUAUGCAAAUAUUUUUACAGAUAUGCUUCCCCUUUCUUAGAACUACACUGUGAGGCUCCUUUACAUUUCCCAGGUAGUUCUGCAUUUGUAACCAAGUGGGCAGUAAUUACCACUGAUGCUGAGGGAGAUCCUCAAUGUAGAUAACUUUUCAGAUGUCAACAGUUUUCUUCCUGAAAGUCCAUUUUUUUCCUGUAGAUAGUAAAAAUUCAGAUGAGGAAACUGAAUCUGUUCAAAUUCCUCCUUUAAUUUAUGACAUUUCAAACUAUUUAUCUUGAAAUACAUGCAAUAUAAACCUUUAUAAACAGAGUUCUCACAGUAUUGCUAGUAAUUAAAAUUUUAUGCAUCUUUAUUUUAUGGAGAAAAAUAGUCUAGCUUUGAUGACAUUUGUUAGUUUUCUAAUGGCACGUAGUUCUUUGUUUUAGAAAAAUUUUAGGUAGAGAUGAAGUACUAAUUCAUUCUGAAUAGUUUCACUUGUGCAGAAUUUUCUUUUUUAAUUAAACAGAUCAUGUUGCUGUCCUAAAACUCAGCCACAGGCAGAUGGUAAAAAUAUUAGAUAUUUAUAACAGAUAGUAUCAGUACCUUUUGACUGGAUAAUGGAACAAGUGUCAUUACAGAGCAAACAAUUUAUACUCUUAAAGAAUUUUAUCAGAGGUGCAUAUGUAGUUUGAUGAAGUACUCUGUCCAGUAUAGGUGAAACUAUUCAGAUGGAACAAAACUUUAAUGUUUUCUAUUGAAGAAUACUUCUAUUUCCAGAACUACUGCUUUUCUGUAAUAUUUUUAUUAUUUUGAGUUUUUAUCAAUAGAUGUUAACUACUGUUAUACUUUGUCCACAGUGCAUUUUCAUCUCAUUCUUCAGUAUAUGCAGUAGUCGAAGUUGCUGUAAAUUUUGUAGUAUUUUAAAGCUAAAGGACAGAAAACUAAAAUCAAAAUAAUAUAUUCAUUAUUGUUGCCCACCAAAGGUAUUUCUCAAUUUACCUGAGUGCCUGUCUGAAAAUUAACUAUUUUAAUACUUUGCCUGCUUACAGGAAAGGUACGAACUGUUUUUAUCACUGAAUUUGAGGAUGACUUCAAUAUUGCUAAAUCAAUGAAGUUAGCUUCUUUUUCUUAUCAUUCUGAGAUUAAAUUGUCUUAAUGUUUCAAACAUCAUACAUUCAAGACAAUUAAUUAAUUGUUCUUUGAUCCAAUAAAGUGGGUUUUAUCUUAGGGUAAUUUUUUUUUUUUUUUUUUUUUUUGUAGGUGAGAAUAUAAACAAAAAUAUAAUCUAGACUUUCAAAGUAGAAUCUGAGCAAUGCUGUUCACAUCUUAAGUGUUGUACCAAAUUACAAAUUUGGUUUCUUCAAGAGUAUUUUUGUGCCUGUUAUACAGUGCCUUUCAAGAACAUCCUUAAGAUAUUUUUAACGAGCAUAUGGUCAGUAUACUGACAAUACUGAUCUUUUAUUUGAACAUACCUUUUAAAACUGUUACUACAUGUAGCAAAAGGUUUAUUGGCAGGUUGUGCUCCAUGAGGGGGACCACUAAAAGGUUUUCUGCCCUGAAAAUGCAGGGAAACAUUGAAGUGUGUUACCAUCCAUUAAGAAAUUAACUUGGGGGAAACAUACUUAUGAGUAUACGAAACUUGAGUUCCUUGUGUCUGGAUAAAAAUACCAGUUAUCAGAAAUAGCACAUUAUGCAGAAUGGAAUCUGAGUAACACAUUCCUAGGGCUGGAAGUACAUGACUGUCCCGGGAAUUUCUGUUUUGUUUUAAUAUGUUUGAUACAUUUUUCUAAAACACCAUUAAUGGAAUACUGUCCAAAUAACACGUGACCCAUAACAUUAACACAUGGUAAUCAAUGUUGAAUCAAACUGGUUAACGAAAGUACUCUUCCUUCUCUGUGCCUGCGCACUAAUUGCAGGUGGUGCAUAGGGGCUGGGGCUUAGGCACAGCAGGCUGCAGUCCUAAUUUCUUGGUGCCUGCAGUUCGGGUGUCCGUCUUUGACAACAGACUAACUGGGAGGAGUCUGCCUCCCAAGGCAAAGAUUAACUGAGAUCUGAAACUCUUAGUAGAAUUAAUUGAAAAUACAGCAACAAUAAAGCUACAUAUAUAAGUAUAUAUGCUUUGACUUGUAUUAUAGCAGUUUGUAUGAAACAUUUAAGGUUUUGUUUGUGCAAAAUAAUGUAUUCUGAGGGGAAAAGCAAACAUGGACAUUGCCAAAACACAUGUAAAUAAACACCAUUUAUGACUGUACAUUAUGUGCAAUAAAGUAACUGGAAAAAGUGCAUGUACUUUAUCCUCAAAAGAAAACUGACAGCUCUCAAAGUUGUAGCUAUAGUUUUAUUUUCUGAAAAGUUAAAUUUUAUUCUGUAUCUAAGCCACAGAAUAAAGAAUGUACAUUUUUCACACUUAAAUUUUCAUUAAUGCUUCUAGCAGUGUUACGAAAGAGGUCAGUUGUUGAACAGGCUUAAACUUUCAUGGUCGUCCGAUUAUCAGGAUAUAUUUUGCUUAACAGUUUCUUCUUGCAUAUGUUGUUAUUUGUAACUGUAAAUGAAGGAAGUAUGCAUUAUAUAUCAUAAACAUGCAAUACAUAUUUUGCAUAUGGAUUUGUAGAUGCAUCAGUUCUAUGAAUUUUGCAAUGAUAACCACAUGAUUUUGGGGAUAUUGUACUUUGGCAGUAUAAUUGUUACAAUUGAUCAGAGCAAAUAAGAAAGAGAAGUACUACUUUAAUACACUUGUUUGGGGCAUAGUUUCUGAUUACUGUAGAAAAUGAAGAUGUCUGCCACCCCGCCUAGUGUGAACCUAGCAAGAAACACACUUUGUAGAAGAACUAGAUUGUGGUGUUCUAUAUUUUCCUUAAUAUUUGAUGAUACUUAGUUUUAGUUAAGGACAAUUUCUUUACCAAGGUAUUCCUUGCUAAAAAUUCCUUCUCUUUUACACUGCUUAAAUAAAAAAAAAAAAAAAAGUUUGCUUCAGAAGUAAAUGAAGUAGAUAAGUUUAAGUGUGGCAUCUUUAGAAGUGUGGUAGAGUAGGGGAGAGGAGGCUAAACACCAGUGUUCAGGUCCACUUCUGCACUUAUCAAGGAUGAAAAAUUUGGCAUAAUUUGUCUUUGAAGACACUUUGUAUGAUGAGUUUCACCAAAGUAGUGGCAUGUAGUUGUAUCUGAGCUAGUAGUCUUAGAAGUUCACAGAAUGUAGGGAUGCUGUUUGGCAUGUGCUGCUCGAGCAGGUAAAGCAGCCUUUGUCUGCCUGUACCCUGUAUUCCUGGCCUGGAGUGUGGGCACAGCCUCACCUUCUGUGCUGUCUCUGGCUGCACUCUUGAAACCCCCUCCUUCAUCCAUCUGGAUCCCUAGAGAGCAGAAUUGUCUUGACCUUUCUUACCUCUUGCACCAAGGAAGUGAUACUUGUUUAUGGUCACGUUCAUGUUAGGAAUUGCAUUUAUAGGUCUGCAAGUUAAAGCUAGAUGUGGAGUUUAGAAAUUUUUUAUCAACAGACUGUCAUCAUUCUACCAGCACUGUCUGUGUGUUUUGGUAUGUUUAUGGGGGAUGGCCUGACACUACUAGAUGGCUCCUUGUUGUAGUUGCCUUGAGACAGUACAAACUUAGCCAUUAUCAGUGUCAAAAUAAUGAGAGACAUUGAUAGAAAAAGAGUACAAAGUGCAGUGUCAGAAAUUACUCUUCCAUGUUGGCAUUCAGGUCUACCAGCAGAAGUAAAAAGAGACUUAGUCCAACUGUUUUCUUGGUGACCCUCUGAAGUUCUCAAACAGUUAAAAGUAGAAAACUGACAGCCAGUUCCUGUUGAGUUGAACUCUAAAAAUUAACAAUGACAAAUAAUCAGUAACUCCCAAGGAAGGUGGGGUUUUUUUCACAAAGUAGCAUAGCAUAUAUUUGUCCUUAAUUUCUGUCACAGUAUUUUCAGUGUUUUCAUCUUCAGCAAUAAAUAAGGUUACUACUUUGAAAAGUAAACUGGAUAAACUCAGAGGGGAGGUUCAAGGAAAAAAAAAUAUCAACUAAUGGCACACCCCAAGACUGCAUCAUUUCAGCAACUUAUCAGUAAAUGAAGGUGUUUUCUCUAAAGUUCAUGUAUUUUUAAGCACCUUAUACAGACAAGAGGCUAAGCAGAAAAAAAAAAUUUUUGUUUGUGGGACCUUUUCAGAAUGAAUUCUGUAAAUUUUGAGUUCACUGAGGGUGACCUUUAUUAAGCAGAUGGUUUAUUAACUUGCUGAAGGUUAAGGACGUUCCCAGGUCCUCCUGCCAUAGGUCAGUCAUUGAGCAAACAAGUGUUCAGUGUUGAUUCUGGUUUGCUUUCAUACUCAUGUGAAAAUGAAGCCCUAUCUUUUGUAUCCAGGUCUUCUUAAUAUCAUGACAAAUAUAUCAGUCUGUACCUCCUGGAGUAGUGUUUUAAAGGGAUUUGUUUUCAAUUGAAGUUACCUCAGUAGAAAGGCAGGUUGAGUGAGCAGGAGUAUUAUGGGAAAUGUGUUAGUAUAUGAUAAAGAUACUGGGAUCACUGUUUUAGAGUCUCACUGUGUUGUGUGUAUUAGAAACUCAGAAUAAAAUGUUAGUGUAAUAUUUA